AUGGCGGAGAGAAACUGCCUUCUUCCACCUUCUCCCAACUGGUAUUGUAGCUCGGCAGCCGAAUGUAACAAGUCUGGAAUAUACACUUUUGCAGCAAAGAGUCAUGUCUUCCUUUUAGAUGUAAAUUGUGAGCCCCCAGUGUUUCGAGGACAGUUUACAGAGCACUCGGAACGUGUCAAUGCCGUGGCAUGCAGCCCWGAUUGCAAGCUUUGCUCGAGUGCUGGCGAGGAUAAGAGUGUUAGAAUAUGGGACAUGGAAAGCAGGACUAUAAUAGCGUCACAUAAUGCGCACCAAAACAAGGUGACSUGCUUAUGUUGGUCAAGUGUAUCAAGUGAUUUAGUUCUUUCAGCUGAYGAGAAAGGGACUAUUAUAGCUUGGAAGCAUGAGAAGAAUGUUGUCUACAGUUUCUGCCCCAUACAAGAGUAUGUCUUCUGUAUAUCAGCGUCAUGUCAAUCAGAACAAGUCGCAGCAGUAGGGUACAAGAAUGGACUUAUUAUUGUUGUACAACUUCAAGAACAAGGACUUAGACUUGUUCAUAGGCUAAGAGGACAUGACAGUGAUAUCCAUAGUCUUUCUUGGUGUCCUGUUUCCAUUGAUCAUCUACAAUUAGGGCAUCUCCAAGAAAAGGUCAUGAACUCUCAAGGAAACCUGCUUAUUUCUGGAUCAAGGGACCAGACUCUCCGAUUAUGGGAUACUCUGAAUGGAAAGGUUUUGUCCAUUUUGAACUUGCCUAAAAGGGCUUCACAGAAAUGGAAAGACAGACAUGACUGGCAAAGCAAAGAUAGAGUGUGGUUGGCCUUGUGUUGGCCCAGGUCUUUGCCAAAUAAAAUGAUAUCAAGCUCACAUAGUGGAGAGCUUCUUCUAUGGGACCUCUCUGUACCCAGUGGAUCAGAUCAGUUCCAGUACUUUUCUCAUGGUCAUUCAAGGAUUGUGUUUAACAUUUCUUGCAACAAUGAUGGGACAAAGGCUGUGAGCUUUUCUAUGGAUAGACAGAUUAUAAUCUGGGAUCUGAAGACCCUCCACAGUCUUCACUGUAUCUCUACUCUUGGUGGCUAUGUGUAUGGAUUGGAUAUCAGYCCUCUUGACCCAGGAGCAGUGGCAGUAGGUGUCGGCGACAAUAUGAUAAGAAUAUGGAACACUAAUUCAUCUCUCAGUACAUUUGAUGCUGUGACACUGUGGCAGGGGAUCAAGUCAAAAGUACAAGUGGUUUCCUGGCAUCCCAGUAAAGAAGGCAUCCUGGCAUUUGGUACUGAUGUUGGUCAAGUUGGUAUCUACAAUACAGUUUCUAAAAAGCCCAAAGUUUUUGCAUCUUAUCACAAGAACACAGUGUACUCGUUGUCAUGGGGACCACCCUGCCCAGAAAAUAAAGAUAAAAAUGAUGAURGMCUGCAUCUGUACAGCUGCAGUGGUGAUGGAAGUGUCUUGGAGCACCGUCCCAGUCAACCUUUACAAGAUGCUUUCAAUGUUAACAAACUCAUUGAAUCUACAAAUGGAGCGAAGAAAAGUAUAACGAACCUUGCUUGGCACCCUGGGUAUGGUGAAGACAAUUCAGAAGAUGAAGGGCGUCUACCAUACCGAUUAGCUUCAGGAUCAAACGAGACGACCAUUCAUAUACAUGACUUGAGUAGCGUCCUAAAUACCGAAGAUGUUGAGAAGUCCGUUUCUACCAUAACUUCAAGCUAUCGUAAGCUCGUUGGUCAUUCUGGUCGYGUAACCUCGCUAUGUUGGAGUCCACACCAUCGGGAUAUGCUAGUGUCUGCUUCUUAUGAUGGAACCGCUCAGAUUUGGAAUGUUGAAUCCAACCAAACUAUUUCCAACUUUCGUGGUCAUGUCGGCCGUUUACUGUCUGUCCAGUGGAGUUUUCUUGAUGCUGAUGUUGUAUACAGCGGAGGAGAGGAUGGUUCCGUUAGAGCUUGGAAAAUAAGUGAGCAAAAAUACUCCCAGCCUCCAGCAUCAGGCAGCAAAACAUCAAAAAACAAGAAAAAGUCAAAAUCCAAAACUACGGAAUCACAUGAAACAAAAACUCAAACCAACAGCGAAAUACUUCCAGAACAACAAGCAACAGAAUUGCAGAAACCUGGCUGCAAUGACGCUCUUUAUGUUGCUAGUAGCUCAACCGAAAUUGGAGAAAAAGUAGAAUCAUGGAGAAGACCGGUGACCACUUCACCUGUGGGCUCAGGCGAUCCAUUCACACCUGCUCGGAAAAUUGAUGGUUCAGUUGCCGUGGUUUCUGUCGAUGAUGAGGAUGCUGCUUCAGCGGGUUCUUUCUCCGCGCAGGGAUCUGGGCCUACCAUCAUUGUAUCGAAAUCUAAAGCUGGCGAAAGUUCCAAAAAGAAAAGAAAAGUGAAGUCCAUGUUUCCGCUGUCUGCUGUUGCUGAUAACAAUACUCGAUGCGCCAUGCAGCAAGAUUGCAUUGCACURGCACAGUACCUUGCUACCAAACAAUCAGGGGCGGCUCGUUCACAAGACGUAGUCCUUCCUGGUGAAUCAUCAAAUGUCAAUCUAGGAUUCUUUGCCGAUAGAACAAGUGCAUACAAAAUGUUUGAAGCUGAAGGUCGUCACCAUUCUUCUGCAAAUAAUCUCGACUAUCAGCUACAGCUGGAGGUCUGGAAAGGAAAUCUCGGUGGAGCGAUAGAGAAAGCAAUCAAAGCAAAGCAGCUCAAUGAUUGGCUAGUCGCCAUGAGUGCACAAGGUGGCCAUGGUGUCUGGCUGCACACAGUUGAGUGUUUCGCUAACCAGUUAUUGUCAGAAGGCUCRUACCAUCGUGCGGUGUUAUACUUCUUGGCUUGCCAUAAAGUCUACGAUGCCAUUGACGUGUUUAAGAAUCAACUCAUGUUCAGAGAAGCCAUUGCUCUCGCCAAAGUGAGGCUCUCACCAUCCGACCCAGUCCUUCACGACUUGUAUUGUAUGUGGGCCAAAAAGCUGGAAGGRGAGCAUUAUGAAAACGCUGCAAAAUGUUAUUUAGCGGCUGGUCUUCCAGGUGAGGCUGUGCGGGUCUUGAGUAUUCGCGGUGAUCAAGCAUCGUUGACUACAGCUUUGAAGGUUUCUAUGGUGUCGUCAGACCUUCAACAGCUUUCCUCUUCCAUAGCUGUCCGUGUUAUGCAUAUCUGUAUGGAGACUGGUAACUGGUWUGCGGCAGAAGAAGCUUUAGCCAUGUGCCAGGGCGUUGAGGGCCAUCUCAGCGCUUUGUAUACACAUGAGGUUCUCGUCAACGAGCUUCUACAACACGGGUUGAUUAUGGACACAGAAUUCAAAGAACAGGAACACUCCAAAAACUUUAGCUCGUUCUCGGUAGGGGAGCAUGGAUCGAUCAUCGACAACUUUCAAGAACUCCCUCCUGAAAAAUCUGUGUGGUUGGUCAAUACUCAACCACGUGACUGGUUUAUUGGUCGCAUUUUGAAAGCCUGGGAUCGAACGGGGACUCUGACUCUUCAAGGAACAAAUCUAGUGUCUUCAAUAAAGCAAUUAUCUUCGUACUUACAGUCGAACUUGAAUGAAAAUCUGUCAAUCAAGCAGGUAUUGACAAGGAUUUCAUAUGAUAUUUCGUUGGGACUGCUCAGCGGUAUACAUCAAGACAACUACGCAUGCGCGUUGCCAUGGCUACAGGCGCUCGAAUCCUGCAUCAAGAACAACUACUUUGUUCUGGCCCAGUUUCUUUGCGUCCAACUUCUACCGAGAGGAACCCAAUCCUUUGAAGACAUYUCUCUUCUUMGCAWAGAGACUAAUGAAUCCAUUGGCAGUAACCGUGAGUUUUUGCUUGAAAGAAAACCGGUUUCUAAUGAUAAACUAUUAAGUUACUUCAAUGGUUUUUACUGUUUGAUAGUAUUGUAUAAAAURUGGUUUCGAGCGCCUGAGAUUUUACAGCGCUUUAGCAAUAGCAGUGAGGUUGAAAUCGAGAGCCAUCUUUCUACAACUGACAGUAAUGGCUCCGAGGGUUUAAAUGCCUCUUUUAAUGUAGCUGAGAGGAUAAUCGCUGAGAUUAAUUGUAAUAGUAAUGCUUCAUUAAACGAAACUCCGGUGAAUGCUCAGAACAGCAACUUAUGCGAYGAAGAUGGAACUUUSGUCAAAGAUCCACUGCCAUCCAGUCUACAGUCAUUAGAAACGUCAACGGCUCCAAAUGARGGAGAUUUGGACAUAUGCMACGUGUUGUCAWCGGUCCACRACAGUUUGCUUACGGAAAAUAUUUUUAUCUGUUCGACGCUGAAAAAGCAGCUGUUAGAAGUCAAAAARGAGGUUAUUCUUCUACGGUCGAGGCGAAUACUGGAUUCUGUCGCUGCUUCUGGUUCUUCAAAGCAGAAGAAAGCUACAAAAAAGAAGAAUAGAGMACAACAGCCUUCAGAAGAAAGUGGUGAGAUUUUGGUGAGCUCCACCGCUGUUGAARAACGUAAUAUUGUUGACAAGGAAGAGCAAGAUGACAGUAGACAAGAGGGCAUUCAAUCUGAUGUUUUGSAAUCUCUUGAUGUGAGGUACAAGUCCGCUGACUGGACACUAGAGCUAAUGCAAGAAGAAGAACAACGAAUACUUGAGGAACUCUCCAAACACCCGUUGAAGGAUUUACCAUUCCCAGAUCCCACGGAAUCAGCUAUAGUUCUAGGUCACGUGUGCUCAAAGGCGGCCUCGUAUCCAUGUCAUGAGCCCGCAGUACUAUAUAACCUUGGACUGAAAGCAGUGAAUUCUGGACUCGAGCAUGCGCAAUGGACUACACAACGAAAUGCUCUAGAUCAAAUUAAGAAAUGUCUUCAGAGCAUGACGUUAACUGAUAUAUAGUCGGUUGUUGAGCAAGUAUAGAUGUAUUAUUGGUGUUUGAGUUGAAAUAUAUAUCUAAGAUUAAAAUUUAUGUCAAUCUGUC